CACCGGUCAGUCGUGGCAGUGCGAAGUCCGAAAGAACAAGGGUCCAACCUAUAGGGCUGAAGUCCGAGCCAUGGGGUGCGCCAGCAGCGGGCCUGUCAUGGAAGCGGGCAAAGGGGCCGUCGAUCAGGCAUCGCAUACUGUGUCGGAUGCUUUGGCCACUACGGAAAAGGCUAUCCAAGGUGUGCCUGUUAUUCAUAUAAUACAUGUGGGAGAAUCAGCAAAAGACAGCCUCCAGUCCGGCAUGGAAACCGUGAAGGAAACCAUGAGCAACGCAGCCACUACGGUGGAAAGCGGGGUAGAAACCGUAAUGGACAAAAUCGGCGAUACCUUCAACUUCACGCACAACGCAGCAAAGGACGCCGUGGAAGACCUCGAAUCUAAAAAGGACGAAGUCGUACAAAAUGUGACUGAUACGGCUGCGGAAGCCAUAUCGGACGCGGAGACCGUCGUGGCUUCGGAGACGGAAAGCGCCAAGGAAGCCUUCAGUUCCAAGGCUGCACCGGUCUUCGAGACGGUCCAUUCAGUAGGGAGUGACCUUGAAAGUAAAGUGACUGAAGUGAAAGAGGACGUUUCGGAAAAACUGCACGAUUUGGAGGACAAUGUGAACGAACAUUUUGACAUGCUCGGUGACAGUGUGGAAACGGUUAAGGAAAAAAUGGAGGAGGUGCUCAGCAUUUCGUCGCAUGAGUCGCCUGCCAAGGAGUCCAAGAAGGAGGAGUAAGUGGGGGUCAUGCUACCUUUGACCUUUUGGGAGGCGGCUGCCGACGCGAUUCUGCUCAGACAGACGAUCAAGGCAAUGGAUUUCAGGGCAGAGCCAGAGCCGGAAAGAGAGAGAGUGUUUUUCACAAAUCCAACGUCAGACUCUACAUAAUAACAUCUCAUUUAGUGACUGUAUCGAUAAUAAUUAUUUUUUAAUUCAGCUCCAUCCAAAAGCCAAGCUUGAAACCGCAAGCCUAUCAAAAUUGGCUCAAAUUUGGUGGUUAAGGCUCAACAGAAUCAAAUGAGGUAUUACACAAAGUGUAACAGCAAAGAUUUUUAUCAUACGUAUUUUAUUAAAGUACCAGAUACGCGGAUUUCAUUUUAUACUGAUUACGUUAUUUUCUUACAUGGAACCUGGACAUCGCAUUCUGCAUAACAUGCUGGAGCAGGUUAGAUUUCACUCAGCCAUAUUGAGGUGUCAAAUCUGGUAACCGUGGUGGCCAUGCAAAAUCACCAUAGAAAAUAGUGGGUUCAUUUUCUUUGAAAAUGAGAGAGGCUAAACGAUAAGAGCCGCAUUUCCGAAAAUUAUUUCGUACUCAGCUUAGAGUGCAUUCUGCGUACAGGUAAUAUUCCUUCACCUCAGAGCAGAACUAUUCCGUGUCACAAAUUAACAAAUUUUGCUUUGUUAUAUUACAUAUGGCGUAUUGAAGGUCGUUGCGCGCGCUGCAGAAGUAUCCCAUGUCUACGUUAACGUAAAAUACCGAAAACGACCGAUUAAAAAUUCAUCUAUUUUCUCCCCCUUCUAUCUAUCAAAUGGGAUGAUUUGUAACUUAGCCCACUGAAUGCAUAAAUAGUUUUUACAAGGUGUUAUAUAAGUAAACAGGUGAAAUUAUGCAAUGACAGGUAGCGCUUUUCCGAAAUUUUUGCGUUUCUAAGGCCCGAUUAUACUACUUUAAAGACAUAAAUGAAAUUACACAAUACGUAUUCUUUAACAAACAUAAAGAUUCAAUUUACUAUAGUGCGAAAAACCCUGUUUCUUUUCAACUAUUUUUAUGGUCAACGCGUAUCUAGAGCCAAUUUUACAGCCAAUGAUACCACUGGAAACAUCUACUGAACCGACUAAUCAACCUUUAAUCGUACCUCGUCACCGUUCAACGGUCCAGUAGAUGGCGUCAACAGUAUAAUUGAUUGAAUAUUUACUCGAUGAUUGAUAGGAAUAAGCAUUCUGUAAUUAUAUUGAUGUCUUCAAAAUUCAUUAAGCAGAACUUUACAAAAUGUACACCAGGACAAAAAGCAUUGAUCUACAUUGACUCACCUAAUAUAAGCCCAUAAUCAGAAAAAAUUAGCUUUUUUAGCUAAUCUCAAAGUAUUGUUAAAAAUAUAAAUCUCUUCCGUAAUUGUCUCUCUCAGGUAAGUAGUGACACUCUUAUUUUCAAACCAUAUUUGAUUAGGUUCGAUACAUGUUUCGAGCUUGCCAAAAAUACUUCUUUUUGUUUAGUCAAAUUUCCAACUAUACCGCAAAUCGUUGUUUUUGAUUGGUAGAGUUAUCGCCUGGAUCAUAAAUUUUGUAUUCGGGGCCAAAUUAAUAAAUAUGUUUUUGUAGGUUAACCGAGGUGAUAUAUGAAAUAUCUCUUGACUUAUUAUGAGGAUUGAGGAGCCAUCGUAGACAAAUCUUCUCUUUCUUUUCUCUUAUUUCUAUUUCAAAAAUGUUUCGAUUGACACGAGUCACUAGUAGAAUCGGGCUUAAGCAUAUCAUCGCUAGUCAUUUCCGAGAUAUCUCCUAUAUCUCUUCGACAAAAAAAAAUGUAUGAUGUAUCUGCUUCCGUUUAUUUUCCUCUGUUACACCUUGUGAUACUAUAUAAUCUACCUCUGAACCAAAUCUGAGCCUGUUUUGUGAUAUGUCGAAACACAACAAUUCCGUAGUAGAUACAAAGGAAUAGCGGAAGUAACCCAUUGCCCCUCAACACAACUUCUCUCAAUUUUUUCUUGGAUUAGGCGAUGCUACUUCUCUACUAAGGUGCAUAUUUAUCUGUCCGUAAAAUGAAAGUUAUGGAUGGUCCAUAAAAGCUGUGAGCAUUAUUUUAUAGGAAACUGUGUAAUAAAUUUUCACAAUUAAUGUUUUUUUCCCAAAUUUUUCCCCAUUUUUAACGAAAAUACAUCAUGAAGCAGUAUAAAAUACUUGUACUUGAAAAAGUUGCCUAUUUCUUAGCCUACCAAGCAAAGUUAAAAUUACUUUAAAAUAAAUUAAGCCUAAAAUACUCUGAACUCAUAUAGGAGGAGGUUCGAAUGUCAAUUUAAACACUUGGCAACUUCAAAAGCUUUUAAGCAUUGAAAAUGCCCAAUUUUUGUCUUCUUUACAUACAACACUCAUAAUUUGAAAGCGGUCGACUUUAAGGAAAAGUUACUAAGGUCCUUUUUCUUCAGAAUGGUCCAAAAAAUCUAAAACGCUUUAUCCGCAUUGAAAAAAAAGAAUUUUUGUGAUGUGCUUAGGAAAAUUACUCGUUACGGCCAUGAUGUUUUGAAAACUACAGAAAGCUGGAAAUUACACUACGAAGAACUUCUUCCUCUUAGGCUAACAUCGUUAGUUGUUGGGAUAAUUGAACUGGGGUGUCUCAGAUGCCGAUGUUAAGCCGGAAAUGGGGUAUAGGCCAAGUCAUAGUAGUUAUCAGAAAAAUAUAAAAAGUCUAAGGCUGUAAAAAUCGGAAACAGCUACAUCCCGCGGUGAUCUUUUAGUUUCCAUUACAAGUUUCAAAAUUUUCUUGAACGGAGUGAUGGACAGUGACAUUCUAUGUAGUGACAGCAAGACAGUAACGUGAGUUUUACUAAUUCGUGAAUGUUUUUAUUAAAUCCACAAUAAAUGUUCAAACUGCCUUCCUUUGGCAGCAAUGCAAGCUUGACAUCUUAAAAAUGAUCGGGGUAUCAGAUGGGAAAAUCUUCCAUUAAUAACAAAUUCAGCAGGUUCCGUUAUUCUGUCCCGCAGCUCAUAAAUUUUCUCUCAGCGACUCAGUAAAAAAUGGAGUGAAUUUAAGUCAAGUGAACGGGCUGGCCACGAAAUUGUACAAGACAUCCAUCGGCUGGUGUAUUCCCAAUCCAGAUAUUCUCUAACUAUUGUCAAGUAUCUAAAUUGAAGUUCUAACCUAUCUCUGCAAGACUCCGAAGUUAUUUCAGGUUCAGUUUAUUUUAAUUCUUUUUGCAUCAGAGCAAUCGGAAUGGGUUGUUCCCUGUACUGGCUAAACUAGCAUUUUUCGG